UCCCAGUUGCAGUUGCAAGCUUCUAGUUCUACCUCGCUGCUGCCCACCAGCUGCCACCACUCACUGCUCUGCCAGUUCUCUCCCUCUCCCGCGCACAGUAACAAGUUAACAGCACUCGCCGGAGUUCACCGGCUAGGUUUAAGGCAUUGAAACCCUAUCCUUUUCAGGUCCCUCUCACCUUUUCUUUUCCUCCCCUGGCUCCUAUUUCCGUUUGCACGCUUGCUCUUGACCCGAGCUCGUACACGUACUACAUAUAUACGCAAGUUCUGCGAGAGAGGCCGAGGCAGAGACGACGACGCCGAAGACGAAGAAUCCACCAGGUGCUGUAGCAUCCAAUAAGCAAGUACUCUCUGAGCUAGGUAGGACACGGUCGCCGGCCGGAGAUGUCGGGCCGCCGCGGCAGGAUCAGCGACGACGAGAUCAACGAGCUCAUCUCCAAGCUCCAGGCGCUCCUCCCGGAGUCCUCCCGCCGCCGGAACGCGAGCCGGUCGUCGGCGUCGAAGCUCCUGAAGGAGACGUGCAGCUACAUUAAGAGCCUGCACCGGGAGGUGGACGACCUCUCGGAGCGGCUGUCGGGGCUCAUGGCGACCAUGGACAACGACAGCCCCCAGGCCGAGAUAAUCCGGAGCCUACUCCGGUGACCGGCCGGCCGGGCCCUCUCCUGCCUGCUACCUAGCCAGCUGCAGCGGCCCGCGCGGCUGAAUUAGUGAAGACGACGAACUGAAGGAGCUUGCUCGCUUGCUACGACCUUACUUAUGUUCUCUUUUUUUUCCUUCUUCUUCUUCUUCUUCUUCUUCUUCUUCCUCCAGUGUGUGUUUGUUUCCGUACCUGCUGUCUUAUGAAUCCAAGGACCCUCGUUGAGAAGACAACGAACGAAGGGGUAGCUCUUGGUGUACCAGAGGGGUUAGUAGAGAUAUAUAUAUGGACUUCUAUUAACCGACCAGGCAAGGUACUGCCGGUUUGUAGCUUGUAGUAAGUAGCUCGUCAUCUGUAGUAGACUGUAGCUGUUCAGAGUUGCAGAUGCAUCCUAGCUAUUAUAAGAGUUUAUUUUUGCUUUAUUUGUAAAUGGCCUGUCGUUGCUCUUGUCUGCUCUGUCCUUGCAAACGGAGGGACAAGCUUAACGUCUUAACGACGACCGCUCUGGAGGCAAAUAUAUAGCACCGUCAUGUGUUUC